UCCCUCCCGUCUCUCCAGGGACACCGCAGGUCCGCCGCUGCGGGGCGGUCCAGCGCGCGUCUGGAAGGUUCGCGGGUGGGGCGGGGCGGGAUGGGCCCCGCCUCCCGGACCGCCGUUGGCUGAGGCCGCGCUCCUCCCCGCAAGCGCCGCUCUCCAGCGUCGCGGCUCCCGGCGCUCAGGCAGGCCGGCCUCCGCUGCAGCUGCGCCGCACUCGCGCCAUGCAGAGCCUGGCCAUGGACCUGCGGGUGCUGUCCCGGGAGCUGGCGCUCUACCUGGAGCACCAGGUCCGCGUCGGCUUCUUCGGCUCGGGCAUGGGCUUGUCGCUGAUCCUGGGCUUCAGCGUCGCCUACGCCUGCUACUACCUGAGCAGCAUUGCCAAGAAACCCCAGUUAGUGACUGGAGGGGAGAGUUUCAGCCGCUUCCUCCAGGACCACUGUCCGGUGGUGACAGAAACCUAUUACCCGACGGUAUGGUGCUGGGAGAGCCGAGGACAGACACUGCUGAGACCCUUCAUCACUGCCAAGCCCCUGGUGCAGUACAGGAAUGAACUCAUCAAGACAGCGGAUGGAGGCCAGAUCUCCCUGGACUGGUCUGAUAACAAUAACAGCUCAUGUUAUACGGAUGCCAACACCAGACCCACCAUCCUGCUGUUGCCUGGCCUCACUGGAACAAGCAAGGAAUCCUACAUCCUGCACAUGAUCCAACUCAGUGAAGAAUUAGGGUACAGGUGUGUGGUUUUUAAUAACAGAGGAGUGGCAGGAGAGAAUCUCCUGACACCACGGACCUACUGCUGUGCGAACACUGAGGACUUGGAGACAGUCAUCCACCAUGUCCACAGCCUGUACCCUUUGGCCCCAUUUCUGGCAGCAGGCGUGUCAAUGGGAGGAAUGCUGCUUCUAAAUUACCUGGGCAAAAUUGGGUCCAAAACUCCUCUGAUGGCAGCUGCAACAUUCUCAGUUGGCUGGAAUACUUUCGCUUGCUCAGAGUCGUUGGAGAAGCCGCUAAACUGGCUGCUGUUUAAUUACUACUUGACAACUUGCCUCCAGUCUUCAGUUAAGAAGCACCAGCAUAUGUUUGUCAAACAAAUCGACAUGGACCAGGUCAUGAAGGCUAAGUCUAUUAGAGAGUUUGAUAAACGAUUCACCUCAGUCAUGUUUGGAUACCGAACAAUUGAUGAUUAUUACACCGACGCCAGUCCAAACCGCAGACUGAAGUCCGUGGGAAUCCCGGUGUUGUGCCUGAAUGCCGCGGAUGAUGUCUUCUCACCCAGCCAUGCUAUCCCAGUAGAAACUGCUAAGCAAAACCCUAAUGUCGCUUUGGUCCUUACUUCUUAUGGAGGCCAUAUUGGUUUUCUGGAGGGAAUCUGGCCUAGGCAAUGCACUUACAUGGAUCGAGUCUUCAAGCAAUUUGUGCAAGCCAUGGUGGAGCAUGGACAUGAACUCAACAACAUGUAGUUCCUUGGGCACAUUAAGUCUGAGCCACUUUGUUGGAUCACCUCAGCUCAAUGCACAUGUCAACUCUGGAGUGUGAAGCUGGCAAGCCAGCAGAUGGUGAGGAGGUCCAGUGCUGUGGGAAACAAAACAACUUUGUAGCAAGAACUAAAGCUAGUGUAGAUUGUUCCUGCUGUAGCUCUUAUUUUUACUCUGCCUUACCAAAUACGACCUUAAAUUAAGUAGUCCUUAUAAACAUGAAUUGCACUUAACCAAAACUAUUGUGUAAAAGAUUUUAAUCCUCAGGGUUUUCGUUUAGACUAGUAUUGUUAGAUUACCCAGUCCAGUGACUUAAUGACUGUUAAGAGAUUGUGAUGAUUUGAAUGUAAGCUCUAAGCGGGCGUUCCUGAAAGCUCAGCACUGACCAGGGACACAGCGCUGCACCGCGUGUGUUCUGACCUGAGAGGGCAAAUGCAGCCCUUAGACUGCCUCCUGUACCUGCUCUUUUAUCCUGAUAAUAUUCAAUUAGGGCUGACCUGUGUUUUAUAAUUAUCAUUUACAUGCUUAUUUUUAAAAUAGUACAUGUGCAUACAUAUAUCACUAUAUUAAAAUAAAUUCUAUCAUUUUAA